CUUUGUGGACGGCUUUAACAAAUUACAAAAAUUCCACCGAUAAUAAACGCACCACUUUUUUUUUUCCCUCUUUUACAUUUUCACUCUUCUUAGUUUCCCUCUUUUUACUUUUCCCGUUUCCCAAAAUCAAUUAAAUUCUAACACACUUUUUCUUUUAUUUUUCAGCCUCCAUAGCUCUUUUCCCUCUGAGUAGCAAGAAGGGUUUGAACGUGGUGGUUGGUGAAGAACACUCAUGGUAUUCUGUUUUGAUAUGAGGAAAAAGUAUAGGUGUUCAGGGCAAGAAAUAUAAGAAAGGAUAUAAAGCCAAGAAGAUCCAAAUGAUAAUGAAACUCUUCAUGAUCAACCCUCAAAAACUUAACAACAAUUAUUUUGUGGUUCAAUCAGUAAAGUCAACUUGAUAUAUAUCCCGUUAGAGGAUGAUAUAGUUGAAACUUCAUCAAGGUCAAAUUGAAUUGAAUCAUAGCAGGAAGAGGAACUAUUAUUGAUCAAAGUUAAAGAAACUAAAUGAACAAAAUCCGGAAGAAAAAAAAUCGAAAGAUGCUUAAAGUCUUGCAUGCCGAGGAUAGUAAGAGCAAUGCAAGAAAGAGUCGUCAGAUGGUGUUCCUCAAUUUCAGAAACAUGGACAUUCGGUGUUCAUCAGUUUUAGGGGAAAGGACACUCGCCACGGUUUUACCGGCAAUCUUUACAACGCUCUCAUGGACAAGGGAAUUCACACCUUCAUUGAUGACAAUGAUCUUGAGAGAGGAGAUGAAAUCACAGCAUCACUUAUCAAGGCUAUUGAAAAUUCUAGAAUUUUCGUUCCAGUGUUUUCUAUGAAUUAUGCUUCUUCUUCAUUUUGUUUGGAUGAACUUGUUCACAUCAUUAACUGCUUUAAGGAAAAGAGUCGUUUAGUUUUGCCUAUUUUCUAUGGCGUGGAUCCAACUCACGUGCGAUAUCAGACUGGUAGUUACGGCGAAGAACUAACUAAGCAUGAAGAAUGGUUACAAGACGACAAGGAAAGGUUAAAGCAAUGGAAGUUGGCUCUUAAUCAAGCAGCUAAUUUGUCUGGCUUCCAUUUUAGUCCUGGGCAAAGAUAUGAAUACAAAUUUAUUGGGGAGAUAGUAGAAUACAUCUCCAAAAAGAUCCAUCGCGAUCCUUUACAUGUUGCCAAUUACCCUGUUGGAUUACACUCUCGAUUACAACAAGUUAUAUUGCUUCUCGAUAAGGAAUCUCAUGAAAAGGUCCACAUGGUUGGACUUUAUGGUGCUGGUGGCAUGGGCAAAUCAACACUUGCUAAAGCAAUUUAUAAUUUUGUUGCUGAUCAAUUUGAUGGUUUAUGUUUUCUUGAUAAUGUGAGAGAGAAUUCAACUCCAAAUAACUUGAAACAUCUCCAAGAAGAGCUCCUUUUAAAAACAAUUGGAUUGGAUAUAAAGUUGGGAAGUGUUAGUUAUGGAAUUCCAAUCAUAAAAGAAAGGCUUCAGAGAAAAAAGAUUCUUUUGAUUCUUGACGAUGUUGACAAACUAGAGCAGUUGCAGGCUUUGGCUGGAGAACUUGAUUGGUUCGGCCAUGGCAGCCGGGUCAUCAUUACUACUCGAGACAAACACUUACUAACAAAUCAUGAGAUAAAAAGCACAUACGAAGUAGACGGAUUAAAUGAGAAAGACGCUCUUGAAUUGUUGAGAUGGAUGGCUUUUAAAAAUAAUACCAUUCAUCCAAGUUAUGAAGAUAUUUUAAACCGUGUAGUAACUUAUGCUUCUGGCCUUCCAUUGGCUUUAGAAGUAGUGGGUUCCAAUUUGUAUAGAAAAGAUAUACAAGAAUGGAUAUCUUUACUAGAUGAGUAUGAAAGGAUUCCAAAUAGAGAUAUCCAAGAGAUACUUUUAGUAAGCUUUAAUAAUUUGAGUGAAUAUCAGCAGAAUGUUUUUCUUGACAUUGCAUGUUGCUUCAAAGGCUAUAGCUUGAAAGAGGUUGAAAAUAUAUUAUCUGCUCAUUAUGGUUUCUGCAUGAAAUAUCAAAUUGGAGUGUUGAUUGAUAAAUCUCUCAUUAAGAUUCAUGAGUUCAAAUAUGUGACAUUACAUAACUUGAUUGAGAUGAUGGGAAAAGAAAUUGUCCGAAAAGAAUCGGUCAUAGAGCCUGGAGAACACAGUAGGUUGUGGUUCUACAACGAUAUUGUUCAUGUUUUAUCAGAAAAUACAGGAUCCAAUAGGAUUAACAUCAUACAUUUGGACUGCCCCUCAAUUGAAGUUGUUAUAGAUUUGAAUGGAAAGGCCUUAGAGAAGAUGAAAAAUCUCAAAACACUUAUCAUUAAGAGGGGUUGUUUUUUCAAAGGCUCAAUGCAUUUUCCACUUAAUUUGAGAGUAUUUAAAUGGCAAACAUAUCAUUCAGAGUGUAUACCAUCUAACUUAUUUAACAAGAUCUUUACAAAUAUGAAAAUUUUAAAAUUUGACAAUUGUAAAUACUUAACAGACAUACCGGACGUCUCAUCUCUUUCAAAUUUAGAAAUUUUUUCAUUCAAAUAUUGUGAAAAUUUAAUUACAAUUCACAAUUCGAUUGGAUUCUUAAAUAAACUUAAAUUCUUGAAUGCUAAGGGUUGUGACAAGAUCAUGAGUUUUCCACCUUUGAAGUUGACUUCUCUUAAAAAACUACGAAUUAAUGGUUGUGAGAGUCUCCAGAAUUUUCCAGAAAUAUUGGACAAGAUGGAAUAUAUAGAAACCAUUUCGAUUGAUGGAACUUCCAUAGAAGGCUUUCCAGCUUCAUUUGAAAACCUCACUGGUCUUGUUGAUGUAAGUAUACUAGGAAAAGGAUUUUUUACGUUGCCAAGUACCAUAUGCGAAAUUCCUAAUUUGUCAACUAUUUGGUAUCGGAGUAAACAAACAUUAUUGCUGAGAGAAAAUGGUAAAAUGAGUUCCAGUGUGUCUUCAAAUGUGACAGAUGUUAACCUACAAAAUAGCAACAUAUCAGAUGAAUGUCUUCCAAUACUUCUCAAGUGGUUUGCUAAUGUGAAAGAACUAAACCUUUCUAAAAACAAUUUCAAAAUUCUUCCAAAAUGCCUCAAAGAAUGCCGCUUACUACAAAAACUUGAAUUGAAUGAUUGCAAAUCCCUUGAGGAAAUUAGAGGGACUCCUCCAAAUCUAAAAUAUUUUUCCGCAUUACAGUGUGAAUCAUUAAAGCCCUCGACUAAAAGCAUGCUACUAAAUCAGCAAGUGCACGAGGCCGGAGAAACCGCGUUUCAUUUUCCAUCGGUAGGAAAUGAGAUGAUUCCAAAGUGGUUUGAGCACCAAAGCAAAGGAGGGAUAUCUUUUUGGUUUCGUAACAGGAUUCCUUCCAUUGCAAUAUUCUUUUCUACUAAGAAGGAAUAUGAAUGCAUUUCCAAUUAUUCAAUAAGAUUAGAUGUGAGACUGUUCGUUAAUGACUAUGAAUGGAUUCAACCUCUUCCAUAUUUACCACCGAGUUCCUCAUUUUGGACCGACGGCAAGAUACUAGUGAAUCAUACUAAUGUUUUGGAACUGAAACUGCUUAAGAGGAUUAAUUAUGUGAGAUUUCACUAUCAAAUAGAAGAAAAACGGAAACUUAUAUCUAAAUUGAAUGAAGCAUUUAUAAAAAAUGAAUGGAUCCAAAUGAAGCUUGAGUUGAGGGUUUCUGGUUAUUUAGAUGUCUAUGAGUGGAUAUCACUCACAAAAUUUGGAAUCCACGUUUUGAAGGAGAAAAACAACAUGGAGGAUAUCAAAUUCAGCAAUCCUAAUAGAAAGAGAAAAUUAGAUGAAUAUCUCAAUACUUCAUUAUCACUACUCCACCCGCUGUUGAAAAAGCAUAAAUUUGUGGAAAUGGAAGUUUUUGAGAAAGAACUAAUUGAACAACCGCAACACAGUUUGGCUUCUUUAUUGGGUCGCUUACAGAUAUGGGUUGUUUCUUUUCUUCCAUUGAAUAUCCUUUCUGUUUGCCUGUUUUGUCUUUUAUAUCAUUUUAUUUUGGAUGAUUAUGUAUCUUGUUUUAUUUUUCUAAUUUUUUUUACUAUAUCAUACUAUUUUUCUUUUACUUAGUAGCAAUAAUCUCUAUUCAAUGUAAGAAAAUAAGAGUCGGUACAUAUUUUGAUACCAAAAGAUGGUUCAUUACAAUCUCUAUUCAAUGAUGUGCUUCCACUCAAUUAAAGUAUUUGAUUAUUAUGUA